AUGGAGGACAGAGUGUGGAGUGUGUGCCUUCUUGUCGCUUUGACUCUAGGAUGGACGGAGGCUCAGAGUCAGAACAACUCAACCAGGCCGACCUUCCUCUGUGGAGGCCACCUGGUCACAGACUCGGGCAUCGUGGCCAGCGAAGGCUUCCCGAGCCACUACAAACCCAACAGUAAAUGCACCUGGUACAUCACCGUCCCCGAGGGCCAUGUGGUCAUGCUCUCCUUCCGCCUCUACGACAUGGAGGCCGACCCCACCUGUCGCUACGACUACCUGGACGUCUACAACGGCCACACGCGCCUGGUGCAGAAGCUGGGACGUUUCUGUGGGACGUUCCGGCCCGGCGCCCUCAUCUCCACCUCCAACACCAUGAUGAUGGACAUGGUGUCGGACGAGUCCACCGGAGGAAGAGGAUUCCUGGCGUACUUCACCGCAGGGAAGCCACAUGUGGAAGAGAAUCAGUUCUGCGGCGGCCGACUGACCAAAUCCCAGGGCUCGGUCAAGACGCCCAACUGGCCCAACUCGAAUUACCCAGCAGGCAUCAGCUGCUCCUGGCACAUCUCUGUAGAGCCGAGCAAUGUGAUCGAGGUGAAGUUUAUCAAGCUGGAUCUGGAGCCCGACACGUACUGUCGCUACGACUACGUGGCGUUGUUUAACGGAGGAGAAAAGGACAACUCGAGACGAAUCGGAAAAUUCUGCGGCGACAGUUCACCAGGAAUCAUAGUGACCAACGGGAACGAGCUUCUUGUGCAGUUCGUGUCCGACCUCAGCGUGACCUCAGACGGCUUCAUGGCCUUCUACUCCAGCGUGCCCCGGGGCUCCCGAUCACCCACCGCUGGGGGGGACUUCAUCUAUGGGCCGCAGACGACCUCCGCGCCACAGAAAACAGGCGUGAAGCCGAAAAAGACAAUCAAACCCACCCCCAAACCGAAACCUGUCGUCAAGCCUAAGCCUACCAAAAAAGCCCUGGUGAAGAAACCUCCUCCACGCAAACCUGCCGCCAAGCCGGCGGUCAAGCCCACGGCUAAACCCAAACCAGCUAAACCAACACCUAAGGUACCCGUGAAAAAGCCAGCACCCAAACCCGGAACUAAACCCGCGCCUAAACCUAAGCUGGUAAAACCAACCCUCAAACCCAGGAUCAAGGCUAAACCCACCCGUAAACCUGCACUGAAGAUCAAGCCUACAUUAAAACCGGCCGUCAAAAAAACAGUAAAGCCAACAGUCAAGAGUGGAGUGAAACCAAACGCCAAACCUAAAGCCACACCUAAACCAGCAGCGGGCAAAACGGUGGCAAAGAAACCAGUCGUCAGCAACAAACCUUUACCACUGAACCCACUGUGCACACAACCCUGUAAGAGGACAGGGACUCUCCAGACCAGCUUCUGCCCUCAUGACUUCGUGAUCACGGGUAAGGUCAUGUCUGUGACCGCUGGUCCGAGGGGCUCAGCGACAAUCGAGGUGUCCGUGAUCAAGGCCUAUAAGACAGGACGCCUCAACAUCGCCAAGUCAGGACCAGUCACGUCAGUCAAGCUGACCUCUACCUGCAAGAGGUGCCCCGGGCUCAACAAAGGCCAGAACUACGUUUUGAUGGGAAAGGUCGAGGCACAGGGCGCCGGACAUCUUAGCCCGUCCAGCUUCACUCUCCUCUACAAGCCCAUCCACGCCAAAGCCCUCGUCGUCCUCGCCCGCAAAUCAUGCUGA